AUGCGUGACGCACGGCAUCCAGAGCAGCGCGCAGAGCACCUGGAGCAGCAUCCAGCGCACCCACCGUCGUCGACGCUGAGCCCGGCGGCUCUCUCUGUACCGGCAGCCGACCUCGCCGGCGCGUCUUCGCCGUCGUCUGCCGGACUGCAGACACCCCAGAUCCCAGCGGCGACGUUUCGCACGCUGCUGUACCGCGACAAGCCGACCGUCUACACCGACGAGCCGCGCGACGUCGAGGUUGUUGGCGAAGUGGAAGCGUACGUCGCACUCGACCCUACAGUUUGCAGGGAAGCGGAGUAUCGCACCAGGCUCCGCGGCAUCCUCGGGCUCGCAUAUCGCGUCCAGUAUGGCCUGCUCAGUGUAAACGACGACGUCGACCUCGACAUUGUCGCUGUCUACGGGCGUGAUGGACUGCACCAAGUACCCCUGCAUCGCCGCCUCUCCGCCUGGCUCGCAGCCGCCUCAUCAGCCUCAGCCUCGGCCACCGACGCCGCCGCUGCCGCUCGGGGCUCGUCUUCAUCACGCCCGCGUACAGCCAAGCAGAAGGCCCCUUCUGACGCAAGGCGAGGGAUCCGGGCGCCGGACCUUGUCAUUGGAGCACGAGCACGAGCACGAGCACGGGCCGACGCCAACGCCAACGCCAACGCCAACACCAACGCCAACGCCAACGCCAACGCCAACGCCAACGCCAACGCCAACGCCAACACCAACGCCAACACCAACGCCGACGACGCCGCCGCCGCCCCGGCCGCCGCAACCUCGGCGCGCCCGUACAGCAUCGCGGCUGUUGUCGAGGUGAAGCGAGCUGAAGCCGUGGUCAAGGCCGGGCUGGCGCAGGCCUUGUACUACUCGGCACUCGCAAACCCCUCUCGGGCGCACAGCUCGGCUUGUUCGUGUAUCGAAGCCGCUUCCUUUGUCGAGACACUUGGCAAGCUCAAUUGCCGUGCUGUCGCGGACAAGCUGCUCUGGGACUUGAGGGCGCGCACGGAGACCGACGGCUCCGACCAGCCGGAUUGGGAGGCGUUGGCGGCGAUGCGCGCCUGGUCGGUGGCAGCACACCAGCUCCUUCUGGAUUUGCCCAUCGAGGGGCCUUUUCCCGCCUUCCCGCCGUCGCCGGCGCUACUCGACACGCAUGGCUACGUCUCGCAGACGGCCACCGCGCUCCCCCUCGGCGACGACGCUGUCGCCCGGCCUAUCGCAGCCCUUGCGAGCAGUGAGCUCAAAGCGAAGAAGAAGAGUCGCCGGCAAUCAGCAGGCGCAGGUACCGAUCAGCCGCCUAGCGCAUCCCACUUGGACGCGAGCGGCGAUGGCGACGGCAUGGCCGCCCGUGGCGCCAAGAAGCGCCGCGUCGACAACGCCGCAGCGCGUCCAGCAGCCAGCGCGCCGGCAGCCGCUGACGGUGAGGGCGAGGGUAUCGGCACGAGCCGCCACCGCGCGGCCAUCGACGCUGCCGACGACGGCUGGGCAGGUGACGACGAAGCUAGCGCCAGCAUCAAUGGCGAGACGGACGACGAGGAUGCCGAGGAGCCCGAGGCACACGCCGACACGGUACUCGGCCCGCUCCCCCAAGUCGAGCUCCCGUUACCGCUGCUGUCGAGUCCGGGCGCGGACGCCGACAUGUGGGACUCGGACGCCAGUCUUCCGCCCGAGCAAUUCCUCGAGUGGUUCGCCGAGUCCGGGCUGAGCCUCGUCAUCGUCAGCCGCGAAGAGAUGAGCCGCCUCAUUGCCAGUGUCGCGCCUCGGCCUGCUGUUGCGACGACGACGGCCGCCGACGCCGAGCCACGAGCCAAGCAAGUGUCGGGUGGCGGCGCUGAUUCGUCCCUCUCGGCACUCGGUCUGUUCUAG